AGUUCAGCACAGAUCCUCGGCCAGUAGGAGAAUUUAAUUAAAGCAAGCACUUUUUUCGCAUUUUCAUUUUUGCCUAAUCCCUCUGGUUUCUGAAGGGAUUACGGACCAAUCAUGUUGGAGAGCUCGUCGAGUCGCUUGGCUCGAAUUUGACUCGUAGCAGUGCGCUCAUGUUUCAUAAACAAAAACACACUGGGGAUGCAGCGUGUUUUGUGACUUCUCUUUCCAGGGGAGGGGGAAACGUCACCCCGGUGUCGUGCACAUCUUCUCGGAUUAGCGCUCUGAGGAUGCUUUGCAGCAAUCUGCUGAUAACUCAAUAACUUUUCAUUUUCAGACCGAUAAUUUUGUCUCAAAGAAGGAUUUUGUAUGCAUUCCUAGUCCAGGUAGGCUACGUCGACUCAAUGUGUUUUGUUAUUAUUUUGCAUCUCGUUUACACGUGAUUUUGACCACGUUCUCUCCGUUGUUUGUUGUCAUUGUGUAGUGAAAUGUGCGUCUCUUUCACUUUAAUGAUAUGCGUUGUAAGGAUUUAAAUCAAAUAAAUCAUAGGCAGGCUUUUUACCCUCGCUAUUUAAACGCUUUAUCUGAAAUCCUCAUUGAUUACAGUUAUUAUUUAAACAAUUGUUGAUUGUGAUUCAAUAAUGAAUCAUUAUCGAGGUCUUUUGCAGGUACUAUCCUAGUCUUUAACGCAUACGUUUAUUAAUCAAGCAACACAACAUGUUGUCAUAUCUAUUUCCCAGUCGCACAUUUCUCUGGUUCAGUUGCAUGCAAGAAGAAGCUCAAGCCAGAGGAUUAUCCUAUGCGUUCUAGAGUAAUGAUUGGAUGAGGCAACGUGACUCAGUCCACUUUGGAAAUGCCCUCGAUUGCUCUACCUACGGAGAGAGACUAUGCCUGUCGUCAACUGAGUCCGCUGAGUGACAUUCAAUCAUUGAUUUCGAAUCAAUCGAGUGUAUUUAUUUUUCUUUGCUCGAUCAGCCAAUGGAGAAAGAAGAGUUGGUGGAUAAGAUUCAAAACCAAUCUGUUCCUAUUAUUUUCCCUCCACCACAUGGCAUCAACAAGAACUGGAGCUUUCUUUCCGCUCCCUCGCUAGAGCCGUUCCCGUCGUUCCCGCCACCACCUCUCUCUUUCAGCUCUGCUUGCACUUCCCUUCCCACCACUUCUGCUGCGCACGUGCUGCAGACCAAGGUGAAAACAGUCACGCAGCGGAAGCAGCGAGGGCGGGAGAAGUUUCGAGAGCCGACGAACACAGAUGUCCAGGCAAAGCAGGACCAAACUGGACAGCUCCAAUGGCAAGUCUCACUCAAACCCGGGGUCCCGGCCAAGGGGGCGGAGUUAUCCGGGCCUUGGUCCGUGUCCGGCUCCGGGAUGCUGGACUUCCUCAGCGGUGUUGACAGCAAGCGGGACGCAGUGCCGGAGGGGCAAGGGGUGCGGGUCAGGCUAGAGAUCCACAGCCCCCCUGCCGGGGCCCAACGGAGGCUUUCGGUGGGCUCCCAGCCGGGAGUCAUGGGGAAAGUGGCGGAGACAGAGAGAAGCGAAGCCCCCCCAGUUCUGCCACGGGGGCUCGGCGAGGGGGCCAGUCUGGAGAGUCUCCUGUCUGACAACAGGCCCAGAAGUAGAAAGCACGAGCCCCUCACACCUCCUCCCCUCCCAGUGCUGUCCGUUUCCCCUUCCUCGUCCUGCGCCUCCCCAGCCACCCUAAACGCCCCCUCUUCCUCUUCCUCUUCCUCCUCGACGCCACCGCCGCCGGCCCCCUCCUCUUCCUCCCCCAGGCACUGGGCCCCCCCCAAGGGCUUCUGGAGGGUGGUCCGCCCCGAGACGUUGCUUCUGAACGGGCUUGGCACUCACGACUCCCCCGCCGCCCUCGGCGCACCUUCCAGGGACCCCGGCCAGAAAACGGAAGCGACGGGGGGUCCGACGACGGGGGGUCCGACGUCGGGGGCGGAGCCUCAGAGGAGGUCCAAGCCGGCCGGGGGGGAGGCGGCGUGCCACGGGAGGGGUGUGGCGGUGGCGGCGGCGGCGUCGGACAGCGACGCGGACCCCUUGAAGUUCAAACACUCGGACAGCCUGGAGUGCUACUGGGACCAGUUGGAGCAGAAGCAGGUGGUCGCGGGGGGCCGUGUGAGGACCAGCAGCCUGGACAGCGUCUCGUCGCUGUCGUCGUCGUCGCAGAGCGAGGCCAAGCCCCGGGCCGGCGGGAGGUCAAAGGUCAGACGGCGGCGGAGCAGCAGGGAGGAGAGAGAGCAGGGCGGGCGAGAGAGUGGUGGACACUCAGAGGCAGAGGGCAAAGGCGCGUAUGAGUCCUUGGAAAACGAUUCUGAUUCCACAGCUCUCACCCAGGAUAUCGAGCCCAACUCGAGCCUGCUCUUCAUGCUCCCUGAUGAUCUUCCCCUGAGCCCGAGGCAUGAGCAGGCCAAGGUUCUCCUGGAGAGAGCCCGUCUGAAGGCGCGCUGUAACCACACCAAGGGUGAUCGACCCCCCAGGAGGGCCCACUCCGAUCAGAGAGGCAGCGCGAAGCAGCUAGAACUCCCAGCCAAUCCACCAACUCAGAAGCCGCAGCGACAACAACAGCCACAGCAGCAGCAGCAGCAGCGAGUCAUCCAAGCCAGAGAGGAGGCGCCCUCCACGCCGCCCGCACCGGUCUCGCUCCUCAUCCAGGAGGAGCCCCAGGUCUCCUGCCUGGCCGAGCAAGGGGCCCGCCCCCGACGCAACGGCUCCUCCCCCACGCGGGUGCGCUUCGAGGACGAGUCCCAGAGGGACGCCCAGUCCCGCUACCUGGACCGCGUGCGGGAGCGCGGCCGCUCGGGCAACCACAGGUCGAAGGCGGGCAAGGCGGCGGCAAACAGCGCCGAUUCCGCCGGGAGCAGCCCGGACAGGGGGCGGGGCCACCGGAGCGCCUCCACGCCGGCGUCUCAGUGGAGGCAGGAGGAGGUGUCCAUCACCAGCGCCGCCGGCGGGGUGACCACCACCACCACCACCACCGUGAUCAAGGAGAUCAUCGUGGUGGUGAAGAAAUGCGAGGCGUGCGGCUCCACGGUUAGAGAGCAUCCAGCCGGGGCCUCGGACACUCUGUGGCCUCCGCCGCCGUCGCCGCCGCCGCCGCCGCCAGAACCAGAACCAGAACCACAACAGAGCCCCGUCGUCCCAGCUGAGGAACCGCGGGGCAAAGGGGUCUCUCGGGCGGGGCCCCCGGGCAAACAGGAAGCCAGCGCCCGUCCCAAGCAGCCGCUGACGGUCACCUUCGCCGGGGCGUUCAUUUUGGGGGAGAACAAGGAGGGCGACGGCGGCUGGAGCAGCUCGGGCUUCGGCAAGCUGAGGAGGCGGAGCCUCAAGGGCCAGAGCCGCCUGGAGGCCGGCAACGGCCCCUACGGCGCCUCGUGGGUGCACCGACGCAACUCCAACCCCAGGAACCGGACCCUGGCGCGCAGGGCGGUGUCCUUCGCGCCCGGGAGCCCCGUGGAUCUGGAGCUCCGUGUCUGCGAGGCACCCGGGGGCCCCGGCGAGCCACAGGGGCCCCCCUUGCCCAUCAAGUCUGCGCUGAAGUCGAGCUCGAAGAACCGCGGCCUGGCCGCAGCGCAGUCCCAGGGGGCAGCGAGUCAGGCGGGGGCCGAGGGCUGCGGCCCCCAGAGCGCAGACCCCCUGGAGACGGCGGAGGCCAGGAGGGAGGGCCCUCCGCCGCAGGGGGGCCCCGGCGCAGGGAGCCUGGUGCCCUGCAUAAGACCCUCCAGCCUUAAGUACUCCUCAGCCAGGAUCGGCCCCGACCUGCCGCCUGCUGACCUCUGGGACGUUACUCCGGAUGGUCCAGGUAUGUCCCAGGGCGGAGACCCCGGGUGCGAGGGCCGUCCCAGCCCCCGUUGCAUGGCCCUAUCGCGGGCAGAGGACCUCCGGGCGGAGCUGCUGAGGGCGGAGCAUCUGAAGGCCGAGGCCCAAUGGGAUGCGUUCGUGGACACGCCGUCGCCACGCAAAGUGGCGGCGGAGCGAGACGGCCGGUCCAAGCUGUCCCUGCGGCGCUUCUUCUCCUCCAUCGGGCUGAACAGCGUGGGCAAGCUGGUGAAGGGCCGGCGCUCCAGCAGCAUGGAGCAGCUCAGCCUGCCGGCGGACCCCCGCGGGGCCCCAGGCUCCCCCUCCCCAAGCCCCACGCGCCGACUCCCGGCCCCCGGCCGCCUCCAAAGGACCCCCUCGCUGCAGAGCCUGCACUCCACGGUGUUGCCAUUGGCCCAGCUGCGUAAGGCCUCCUCCGUGCAGAGUCUCGAGAAAAGAACUGAACGGUCGACUACACUGGCAGAAGUGCAGAUACCAUACGGCCUGGCACCCAGUCCUGCGAGCCCGCAGGUGGAGCUGCGUCGGGGUCUGAGCGUGGAGGAGGUGCCGGUCACCUCCAGGACGGUGCGUCCCGUCGGUAAGGUGGCCCAGGCCUCCCCCGACGGGACCCUCCUGCUGGAGCUUACCAGACCCCCCAACGAGCCCUUCGGCUUCCUCAUCUCCAGAGGCAAGGGCAGAGCAAACACAGGCGUGUACAUCGAGAAGGUGGGCAGCAGCGUGGCGGGCGUGGACGGGCCCUACGCAGGGCUCCUGGGCGUGGGCGACGAGAUCCUGCAGGUGAACGGCGAGCCGGUGGCGGGGCUGACCCUGGACCAGGUGACCCGCCUCAUGACCCGCGGCGAGAGCACCGCCUGCCUGCGCGUCAUGCCCUGCCGCCGCGGCGGCCCGCCCCUCAAACCCAAGCCCACCGCGGGACACGCCCCGUAGGGCGGGAAGGGGGAGGACCACAGCGCCGGGCGCUCGCAGCGUCACCGGCCGGUGACGUUAUGAGGGGUGACAGGGGCGGGGAAGGGUCCACAGGGGGGGUAGGGGGGGGGGGACAAGAGGCUGGGGUGGCACACGCCUCGCACCCCCCUCCCCCCGGUGCGCCCCCCUUCUAACGGUGGUCGUUGAUUGGAUCUUAACCCGUCAAUCAGAGUCCAGGCGCAGGAACCGUUGAAUCUUGGAUAAUGAACCCGCUGCGGCGAACGGAUUGGACUAUUGCACGAUACAAUAACAGAAGCGCUGUAGCGCAGGAAAACCAAUACAGUUGUUUGGAUAGGUUUUCCACACUGCUCUACAGAGCUACAGUGUUGUGGUCGGGACCCCCCUCCCUCCCUGUGUUAUUGUGGGCCACUCCUGGACCCCUAUUAAAACAAGUCUGGACAGGCCUCUGUCCAUGAGUCAGUGUGGUUUAUUUAGAUUCUAUGGGUUUUAUUAUAAUAGAGUGGGAUUCUAACGUUUGUCACAGAAGCCAUGGAAAGUUUGCAACUGAGUGACUUCUCAACUGAGUGCCCUUUCUCUGUGGGAAAAUUAAAAUGGGUUUAAUUGCAAUAUUUAGCAUUGAAAUCAAUGAAAAGCCAUCCUUAGUCAUUAUAACAGUUAUUUUAGUAGACACAUACAGUGCAUUGAGAUAAGGUACUGUUUAGGCCUCUUGCUCAAUGAUGUCCACUACAGGCAGGCUGUGUACGAUGGGGAUCAGAAGCAAAAUCUUUUGGCCCACCUCACCACUACACCAAGCCCCUCUCAACGAUGUGACAGGAAGCAGGACCUGUGAAAAGAGAAUGAAAGUCUAACAUGACUUUUGUGUGCGUGUUACAUCCACUGAUACAGGAUAAUCCAAAGUCUAUGUUGCAAUACGCAAUGUUGGACGUUUGCAAAUUCAGCUUCCAUAAUGGUUCGAUCCAUAUGAUAAUUUUUAUAUGUUUAAUAAUGUUCUGAUGCACAAUCCAGAAAAUAUGCUAUGUAUUGGAACUUACAGCACCCAUCUGUUUGUGUACUUUUGUUGUUGCAAUCACGUGGUUACAAUGCACAAUUACAUUGUUGUUCAUAAUAAAUAAUUGUUUAAGCAAA